CGCCGGCGCGGCCGGAGCCGCCCUUCGAGGCGCUGUACGCGGCCGGGGUGGAGGCGCACUCGCGGGCGGACUUCGCGGGCGCCGUGCGCUGGCUGGAGCGGGCGCUGAGCGCCGAGCGGCGCCUGCGGGAGACGCGCGUGGGCUGCGGGCUGCGCUGCCGCCGCGAGGCGCCGCUGGCCCCGGGCCGCGCGGAGCUGCCCUUCGCCGCCGCCGUGCUCCGCCGGGCGCGCUGCCUGCGCUCCUGCCUGGCCGCCGCCGCCCGGGCCGCCGCCAGCGAGGAGGUGCGCGCCGACUUCCAGCGCCGCCUGCCCUACAGCUACCUGCAGCGCGGCUACAUCCAGCUGAAUGAGUUGGACAAGGCAGCCGAUGCUGCGCACACCUUCUUUAUGGCCAACCCAGAACACGUGGAAAUUCAGCAAGACCUCAGCAGUUAUAAGACAAUGGCAGGGAAGGUGGACUUGGUUGAUCGAGAGGCUCGGCCUCACAUGGAGGACUACCUGUCAGGAGUUCGACACUAUGAUAAAGAGGAAUAUCACCUGGCCAUUGAUUUCCUAGAGCGGGCGCUGAAGGAAUAUGGUGUGGCUGACGACGAGUGCCGGGUCUUGUGUGAAGGGCCCCAGAGAUUUGAGGAAUAUGAAUAUCUGGAUUAUAAGGCCACCCUCUACGAAGCCAUUGCAGAGCAUUACAUGCAAGUCCUGCGGUGUCAGCACGAGUGUGUGCGGCAACUCGCCACACGGCCCGGGCGACUCUCACCCAUCGAUAACUUCUUGCCCCUGCAUUACGACUUCUUGCAGUUUGCCUACUACAGAGUGGGCAGUUACGUCCAAGCGCUGGAGUGCACGAGGACGUAUCUCCUGUUCCACCCAGAUGGUGAAGAUGUCCUAGAGAACGAGGAUUAUUACGAGAGCCUCCUAGAAGGGUUCGUGGACCUGGAGGCCAUCAAGCCCAGAGAGGAAGCUGUGACGUUCCUGAGGCGACAUCAGCUGGAAGCAGACUUGCUGGAGUCCGCUGCUGCCAGCCUGGGCUUCCUGUACACCGAGCCGAUCUAUUGGAGCGUCUCUGGGUCCCAGCAGGAUGGCCAGAGGGUUCCUUCCGGGCUGCAGGGCAACCAAGCGGAUGGCCCCGGGAAUGUGCCUGCCGAGAAGGAUUCGUCCAAAGCGGGCCACCAGCUGCGGGAAGGAGGCCCCCUUCUCUUCAACGAAGUGCAGUUUGUCUACAAUUCCAAGCAGCUGAACGGGACGCAGCGAGUGCUGCUGGACAACGUCAUCUCGCAGGGAGAGUGCCGGGAGCUGCAGCACAUUGCCGAUAACAUUCUCCUGGCUGGCGAUGGAUACUGGGGGAAGACCUCACCCCACACCCCCAAUGAGAGGUUUGAAGGAGCCACUGUCCUCAAAGCUCUAAAGUUUGGCUACGAGGGGCGGAUCCCUUUGAGAAGCGCCCGCCUCUUUUACGACGUCAGUGAGAAAGCCCGGAAGAUCGUGGAAUCCUACUUCAUGCUCAGUUCCACCCUCUAUUUCUCUUACACGCAUCUGGUGUGCCGGACGGCCCUCUCAGGUCAGCAGGAACGGAGGAAUGAUCUGAGCCACCCAAUCCAUGCGGACAAUUGUCUCCUGGACCCGGAAGCCAAUGAGUGUUGGAAGGAGCCCCCCGCUUAUACCUUCCGGGAUUACAGUGCCCUUCUGUACAUGAACAGCGAUUUUGAAGGUGGCGAAUUUAUUUUCACCGAAAUGGAUGCCAAGACGGUAACGGCGUCAAUCAAACCCAAAUGUGGGCGAAUGAUCAGCUUUUCAUCCGGUGGGGAGAAUCCGCAUGGUGUGAAGGCCGUCACCAGAGGCCAGCGAUGUGCAGUGGCUUUGUGGUUCACCCUCAACCCUCUUUACCGGGAACUUGAGCGACUCCAAGCUGACGAAGUCGUUGCUGCUUUAGACCAGGAGCUCUUUGGACCCAGCGAGUUGGGCAUCAACCCCAAGGAUGAGCUAUGAACCAGGCCAAGGACUCUCCAUCAGAAUAUUUAUUUAAUAUUUGUUGUAAAUCUUAUGAGAACCGUUUUUAUUUUUGUACAGAGCCUCGGUAUAAUUUAAAGAAGGGGUGGGGCAUGGGAAGGGCAGAGGGGACCCUCCAGGCUCCAUCUCCUCCUGCUUGGGGGUCGGUUCACCCCUCCAGAGCCUUCAGAUGAGAUUCUCCAGGACUUUCUGGAUCCUCCUUCUACGCUGUGGCCC